UUUUUUGGGAAGGCUCCGGAAUUUAAAAGCAGCAGUAACAGGAGCGCUGUGAGAUAACGAGCUCUCAGGUUACCAGAAUGAACUGGGACAAUCAUCUGAGUCACAUUAUCUCAGCAGCAGACGGCAGUGUUGCGAAAAUACGUGAACGCCUUGCCCUUCCCGGAAGACUUUCCAGAGAAAGAGAAGAUGUGUAUCCAGUGAGAGACCUGAGUCACACUACGAGUUUGGACCUUCCUGUACGUCAUCAUAGUGCUGUUCAGUGGACUGAUCUGGCAGCUGUACAGGCCCAGCUUCAUAACCAGCAACAGAAAAUUGAGUCCUUAAUGCAAAGCCUGAGGUCAGUGGAGAGAGAAAGAGAUGCACAGCAAAGACAAAUACAGACGUUGCAAGAGGAGGUGAGAAGGCUUCGGGACAGACUGGAGGACCGGGAGAAGGACAGAGAAAGGAAACACAUUGAUGAAGAAAAGAUACCUACAGUCGAGAUGCGUCUGGAGCAGUGGAAAAGGGAAGUGGGAUGUGAGUUGAGUGCCCUGAGAGGCCACGUAGACAGAGCGAAGUCUCUAGGCAGCCGGGAGGAGAGUUUUAGCUCUAAACUGUGCAGGGAUGAGGUGGAACAACUCAAGAGAGAGCUGGACCUGCUCAAGAACAAGCUGAUGAGGUAUGAGGAGGACGUGUACCAACAGCAGUCUGAAGCAAGAGAAACGAGGAGGCAGUGUGAGCGUAGCUGCAAGACACUGGAAACGGUCACCGAUUCUUAUCGCACACAUGACUUUGAACUUUCCAGGAUCAUCACCCAGUACCAGAACACGCAGCAAGACAUGAGAGAUCUCAGACUUACAGUAUCUGGCUUGAAGGGUGAAGUGAGGAGCCUAAUUCUGAGGGACAGAUUUGACACACCUGCAGAAAUGCCACAGAAAUCAUAUCCAUUAGAGGCAGUUGUGGAAACAAGUUCUCGGAGACAGUUGCUAUCAGACUCAGAUGAUGAAUUAAGUUCCACUCCUAGUCUCGGAGAUGUAAGCUCAGAUGACCUGGACAUAUCGGGGCUAGAGGAAUCAGCUCCAAAACUAAGAAGUCAAGGACACUCGAGUCUGUCUGGAAGUGAUCCCAGCGACCAUGCGAGUGGACUCGGGAGCAACUACAUCAGAGGUGCUUCAGAAAGUUCUCCAGAUCUCAGUGUUUCUGACCUUUGACACUAGAAACAGAAUAAUAACAUUGAUUCCCCCUGCAAGUAUCCAUCCAAGUAGUGACCAUCCAUGUGGUCAGGCGAAAGCGUUUAACAAAAAACUUGAUCUUACUGCCCAAAAUUUUGUGUGCGAUCUUUUUUUUUUUUUUUUAAGAAAUGUACAGAUUUAUAAUAAAAUUUUGCAGAUUAGUGUGAGGCUAUGUGAUGAAAGCCAACAGAUUUUUGAGAUGAAAUGGAAUCUCGUAUUUUUUUUUGUAUUAUGUAGGUGUAAAAGGCAGAGUUUACAGAGGUCUUGUUUAGAUAAUGGCUGGAAAAUGCCUUUUUGAUUUGAGUGACUUGUGUGGUGAAACUUAAUUUAGCUUUGCAUUGCUAUACUGCAGAUUGAGUACCACUUAACCCAGCACACCAUAUGCAAUACUCAGACUGUAGUAAGUUUAUUUUCAGGGUAAAUUAAGCUGAAGUGACUUAGUAAGUUAAUCAGCUGUUUUGCUUAAGUAAUAAAUUAUCAGCUUUGGUUAUGUCCCAUUAAGACAUGAAGCUGUUUUAAACUG